GCAGCAAGAUGUUGAAAAAAUUCGUUCAACUCCUUUUGGUUCUCGCGAGUUUUAAAUUGGGAUUUUCUUACAAGAAAUUCUCAUAUUUUAAUACUACUGGAAACCCAAACAACAUUACCAUAGACUCGAGUCCCUUCAUUAAGAUCGGAAGUGGAUUCUAUUACUUUGGACAGGAUAAGGUAAAUUGGUAUACUGCAUAUGGAAACUGCCGAAAGUUGGGAUCCGAAUUGGUGACCUUCGAAACCAACCAGGAGUUUGAUGCCGUUGCUGCACAUUUAAAAAAGAAUGGAGAACGGUCGGAGCACUGGACAUCCGGCAAUGACCUGGGAAAAACCGGCACCCACACUUGGUUUACCAAUGCUGAGCCCCUAAAAAUAACUCGGUGGGCUCCUGACCAACCCGACUAUAAUGGCGGUAUAGAGCAUUGCAUACACCUGGGCUACAUAUACGGCCAUUCCACGGAAAUCCAACUUAACGAUCGUCCCUGCAAUAAUCAUAAUAGCAGCUUACUUAAAUAUGUUUGCGAGGCUCCAAAGCAAGAAACCAUAUCUAUAGUUGUUUGGAAGUAGAGGUGUACAUUGAGACUAUAGAGAUUGUAAUCAGUUUUGGUCGUACAUACUAAAAUAAACUACAUUUUUUAAUAAACCUCGA